UUAUGAAGUGAAAGUGAAGCAUCUUUUUUUAAAUUCUCUAAUCAAUCUUUAGCACUUCCUUAGUAAGUUUGUGCAGUUUGAAAGGAAUUUGACCACGGGAACAUAUUUUUUUUGCGCUUUGAAAUCCGGUAAUAUGGCUAAAAUUGUGYGACAAGGGACUGGGUCGAGUGACGUCAAGGGGUUGACAAACGCGACCAGGGCACAAGUGACAUAUGUGAAAAUACUUGAAAACACUAGCAAGUUGGGUUUGUUGCUGUUUGGUUUGAUCCGGUUCCAACGCUUGCAAUGUCUGAUACUGAUGAUUCUGCUUCAUCACGAGCCAGUGGGGAAUCGGAGGUGGAAAGUGAAGCCGAAAACUUUGUUGAUAAUAUAUUUCAACCGUACCAACACGAACCUCUGGCGUCCCAAGAUGAGUACGAAAAUGACGAAAACGAUGAACACGACGAAGAUGGGAUUCCUUAUGCUACGUUAGAAGCCAGAGUUGAGAACAGAGAUCCAGUAAGCAAUUGGUGCAAAUGUGGACAUUGCAAUGUGGAAAAUGUUCUCGUUUCGCGAGAAUUUCGAUGCUGCCACGAAGUAAGGCCAGCAAUUGGUCUCAUGUUAUUUGACGCGUCGAUCGAGCGUCAUUCGUGUAUCACGCAGCAUGAAGACUUUGCUUCACUUGUGAACAGGACUGUACUGAAACAGGCUGGCCCUUUAUUUCGAGAAAAAAAUGGCAGAAUGUAUCGACGUAAAGGAAAUCAAUCAGAAAACGAAUACCUCAGAGCAGUGGCAUACAGGUGGCUGAUACGAUGGUUGUGUGGCCACCUUGGAUGGGACAACAGCAGACCAUUGUCAGCAUGUUUGUAUCAUUAUAUUAGGACAACAUUUCCAAGCACCAACUGCCAUGGAUAUGCAGGAUCACGAGAAAGGAGUGACUAGUAAUAUGCCUCAAGAAGCUGUUAGAUUGUUCGUGUUUGCUAUAAGACUCAUAACUUUCAAAGCCAACGAGAUACAAGGUUUACAAACCAUAACUACAAAAAAUGUCACAGCACUAUGGUGUAAAAUAGCAAAUGUAACCAUGUGACAUUGUCUUUGACAACAUACAUGGAGUUUCCUAGAAAAAUUUAUUAAUUACUUAUUAUUAUUAUGUAUUGCUUGCUAUUUAUUAUCAUUAAAAAAAUAUCAUAAAUUA